AUGUGCGCCUCUUUGUGGAAUUUGUUGAAUGUCAAGGGCCUCAAUCUACGCUACUUAUGGAAGCUGCUCGAUAUCAACAACCAGCUCACUGCUGGCUUCAAUCAGAUGAAUCAGCAGCUCGCUGUGGCGCUGGCUAUUUCCCGUAACACGCGGGUUCUCGCACAUAAUCGCCUGCAUGAUGUUCCUCGUGCCUACCGGCCUCUCUACAAGACGAUCCCGGGAAACGGCCUCAACCUUGCAAACCACAUCUACGCUAAUUUUGCAAAUGUACAGGACAUCCUCAUCGCGCCGGCUGAGGAACCUGCAGUAGGAACAGUGCCACCUAACUUCAGCACGAAUUUUUCAGCAUAUACAACAGCUGACUUCGUCCGCCUCAUCAUUUUCUACAACGAAGACUUUGGGAUUGUUGUUGGUGACACGAUCGAAAGCUCUAUUAAUAAGCUUUGUGGAUUUUUGACAUACUAA